UUGCCCAUUUGGCAGAAAGCCCUGGAUGCAAACAAUCCUCCAUGAGUGGAAAGGCUGGAGUGCUCAAAUGGUGCACAGUUGUUUCGGUGACUCAAAUCCUUCCUGUUGAUUCAGCAGCCUUCAUGUCAGCGUUUCCUUAUGCCCGCAAGAAUUUGGGCGGGCUGUAUUAGAAACCCUUGGAGCACCAUAAGCCAUCUGUCUGCAUAAUUUAAGUCGGCUGCUUUCAUUAUCCACAGCUCUGACAGUUUUGUAAAAGAAGACUUCUCUGCUGAACUAAGCUGGUGACCAAAAAACAUGUUUAACACAGGAGUUUUGACCUAUCUGUGCUUGUUUUUUGCCUGCUGCUUCUGCUGCAGCAGAGCUAUGCCGACUAAACUCAGCAACGAGGCUGUGAAUGACAGAUCUGUGAUAGGUAUUUUAACUCAGGUUGUUACAGAUGAAAUUAUGAAACCAUUUGGGAGGACUUACAUACCUUCCUCUUACGUGAAAUACAUCGAGUCUGGGGGCAGCAGAGUGAUGCCUAUAAGAUUAACUCUGACUGCAUCUGAAUAUGAGAACAUUUUCAGGAAGAUAAAUGGGUUGAUUUUCAUUGGGGGAGCUGCAGAUUUGGAGACUUCAGACUUUGCCCGGGUGGCGAAGAUUUUUUACAGGCUCGCUCUGGCGGCUAAUGACGCCGGGGACUACUUCCCUAUUUGGGGCACAUGCAUGGGAUUGCAGCUACUCACUGUGCUGGUGGCUGGUGAAAAUCUCCUGACAAAAACCCCAGCUGAGAACUUAGCAUUGCCCCUCAACUUAACCACAGAGGCGCAUUCCAGCCGGAUGUUCAAUACUUUCCCAGAUGAGCUCAUCAAUGCUUUGACCCAGGAACCUCUGACUGGCAAUUUUCACAACUAUGGAAUUACAAUAAAGGACUUCCAGGAAAAUGAGAUGCUACAGAGUUUCUUCACCAUCUUGUCAACAAACAUCGCUAAGAACGGAGCUCACUUUGUGUCAACUUUCGAAGGUAAAAGAUAUCCUUUCUACGGAGUUCAGUGGCACCCGGAGGUGAAUCGUUUUCAGUGGUACAGAAAGCUGAACUUCCCUCACUCCCGUCACGCUGUGCAGUUAUCGUCGCUGCUAGCUGAAUUUUUUGUCAAUGAAGCAAGGAGAAGUUUACAUCACUUUGACAGUCCUGCAGAAGAGGAAUCCUCACUGAUUUACAACUACUCACCUGUCUAUGUUGCAAACAUCACAUCAUAUGAGCAGGUCUACUUCUUCUGAGCUACUCCUGCAGCUGAAUGAUCUCUGCACAUGUAAAUGUUUAUAUGCUCUAGUGUCUGUAGGACGCUCGCGAAGUCUGCUGGUUUUAAUCCCAGAUAAUCAAAAGCGCUGUUUAAACCUUUGUGCUGAUUCAGUGUAUAUUUGUAUUUCACUAAGGAAGUAUUUUUGCUGGCAAUUAUGGCAUUACCGACGCAGAACUAUUACUUUAAUGGGAAAAAUAACACAUUAAUGUGCUCGUUUAUCAUAGUGAAGUGUGACUGUGUUUGAAGUAGAACAUCAGGAUAAAUUUUAGGAGAACUAGGUCCACGUCUUUUGUACUUGGUUGUCAUUUAAACAAUUUUUUAAUGUGUGUGGCGUUUUUUUUUUUUAAUUUAUUUUAAGGCCAAGUGAAAAAUAUCUUCCAGUUCUACUUAAUAAUUAAGCGUAAUUUCUUAUGACAAACAUGGGAAUCAUAAAUUUGUUACCUCCUUUGCUCUUCAGCAUAGGAGGUAACACAUUUAUGAUGUGUGUAAUGCAAAAAAAUGGAAAUAAAAGCUCUCAAACAUCUUCAGCGCACAGAAAAACACAUUAAUUAGACUGGCUGUUCCAGUACCUUUGGGGGGCACUGUGAAUCUAUUAAAGACGUGACAUUUA